AUGGAGGGCAUUAUACCUUUUGCCCUGCGUACUGCGAGCAUACAUGAAUGGUUUAAGAAGCAACGACAUCGGUGGCCUGAUCAAGUUGCCCAGUACAACCUCAUAGGGUACUUGGCCCGAGACAAGAGGCACCCCUGGCUCAAGAAGCUGGCAACCCGGCUGGGCUGCAAGGACCUUCUCGAUCAGCUCUGGAGCAUGGAGCCAUCCAAGUCAUCCCCCGACCUCACCAAGCUCAUCCAUGGCUACAUCGCCAGAGGGUGGACGGAGCAUCACAUAACGGACACGCCUACCUACAGGGCCUUCAACGACAACCGAGGUCAGUGGACUCUCGGCAGGGAGGGGUGUGCCGGCAGCCUCGAAUGGAGCCUUCGCAGGCCGUUCGACGAGAGCGUCGUCCUCUGGCACCUCGCCACGGACUUGUGCUUCCACCACACGGUCACGCCUUCCUCCCACGAAGCUGCCCGCCGCUGCAGGGAGAUGUCCAACUACAUGGCGUACCUGCUGUUCGUCAAGCCGGACAUGCUGAUGACCGGGGCCAGGCGCAGCCUUUUCAGAGCAGCUUGCGAGGACAUUCAGGGCCUGCUAAACGAGGAUCUGGAACAGGAUGGGCCAGAGACCACACUGCUAGACCUGGACGACGAGAAAGAGCUCACUCUGAAUAUAGCUCAGCGGGCGAUGAUCACCAAUAACGCACCACACAUUGUUCAUGAGGCGCGGUGGCUCUCGACGUGUCUCAUGGCCUUGCACAACGGCGGCGACGACGAGGGCAAGAUGUGGAGGGUGAUCCAGGGCGUGUGGGUGGAGAUGCUCUGCUUCUCUGCUGGCAGGUGUAGAGGGUACCUGCAUGCCAAGAGCUUAGGCAGUGGCGGGGAGUACCUCUCGUACGUCUGGCUCCUCUUGUAUAUGGGGAUGGAGACCUUGACGGAGAAGAUGCAGAGGACAGAGCUACACGAGGACCGUAUGGCAGUAGGCCUGUCAUCAGGGGCUCCAAUGGCGGCCGCCGGUGAUGAGAAUGUCUGA